CUGGCCACACAGCACUGCCCAGUAAAAAAUAGUUUUUUUUUUGUAUCCAACCAACCAACUGUAAAAAUAAGUUUAAACAAAGCAUCUACUCAUAAGUUUCAUUUUUUUCCGUUAAGUGUCACUAUUAUUUAUUUUUUAAGUGUGCUCGCAAUAAGAAAAUGUCAUCGCGAAGAUGGUUCCACCCAACGAUAUCUGGCAUCGAAGCUGAGAAAUUGCUGCAGGAGCAGGGAUUCGAUGGCUCCUUCCUCGCCCGCCUCUCCUCCUCGAAUCCGGGCGCCUUCACGCUCUCCGUGCGCCGGGGCAACGAGGUGACCCACAUCAAAAUCCAAAACAAUGGCGACUUCUUUGAUCUCUAUGGCGGUGAAAAGUUCGCCACACUGCCGGAACUGGUACAAUACUACAUGGAGAAUGGGGAGCUGAAGGAGAAGAACGGCCAGGCCAUCGAGCUGAAGCAGCCGUUGAUCUGUGCCGAGCCCACCACGGAAAGAUGGUUUCAUGGCAAUCUUUCCGGCAAGGAAGCGGAAAAAUUGAUCCUGGAGCGAGGCAAGAAUGGUUCGUUUCUCGUCCGUGAAUCUCAGAGCAAGCCUGGCGAUUUCGUCCUCUCCGUGCGGACGGACGACAAAGUAACGCAUGUCAUGAUUCGAUGGCAGGACAAGAAGUACGACGUAGGCGGCGGCGAAUCAUUUGCCACCCUGUCGGAACUGAUCGAUCACUACAAGCGUAAUCCCAUGGUGGAGACGUGUGGAACGGUGGUGCAUCUGCGGCAGCCCUUCAACGCCACACGAAUCACGGCGGCUGGAAUCAAUGCCCGGGUGGAACAGCUGGUCAAGGGAGGCUUCUGGGAGGAGUUCGAAUCGCUGCAGCAGGAUAGUCGGGAUACCUUUUCGCGCAACGAGGGCUACAAGCAGGAGAACCGCCUUAAGAACCGCUACCGGAACAUAUUGCCCUACGACCACACGCGCGUCAAGCUGCUGGACGUGGAGCCCGGCGUGGCCGGUGCGGAGUACAUCAAUGCCAACUACAUACGCCUGCCCACCGACGGCGACCUGUACAACAUGAGCAGCUCGUCGGAGAGCCUGAACAGCUCGGUGCCCUCGUGCCCCGCCUGCACGGCGGCCCAGACGCAGCGAAACUGCUCCAACUGCCAGCUGCUGAACAAGACGUGCGUCCAGUGUGCCGUGAAGAGCGCCACGCUUCCGUACAGCAACUGUGCCACCUGCAGCCGCAAGUCAGACUCGCUGAGCAAGCACAAGCGCAGCGAGUCCUCGGCCUCGUCCUCGCCCUCCUCCGGCUCCUCUGGAUCCUCGGGAGCCAGCGUCAACGGACCCGGCACACCCACCAAUCUCACAGGCAGCGCAGCCAGCUGUCUGGCCGGAUUGCUGAAGAAGCACUCGAGCGACUCGUCAUCCUACGGAUCGGGAUCCGGAUCGGGUGCUGGAUUCAUGUCGAUGGCAGAACGGGAGCGGGAAAGGGAGCGCGAGAUGUUCAAGACGUACAUAGCCACCCAGGGAUGCCUUCUCACCCCGCAGGUGAACACGGUGACGGACUUCUGGAAUAUGGUGUGGCAGGAGAAUACGCGGGUGAUUGUCAUGACCACCAAGGAGUACGAGCGCCUCAAGGAGAAGUGCGCCCGCUACUGGCCGGACGAGGGCAGAACGGAGCAGUUUGGCCAUGCGCGGAUACAGUGCGUCUCGGAGAACUCGACGAGUGACUACACAUUGCGCGAGUUCCUUGUCUCGUGGCGGGAGCAGCCGGCGCGCCGGAUCUACCACUACCACUUCCAGGUGUGGCCGGAUCACGGAGUGCCCGCCGAUCCCGGCUGUGUGCUCAACUUCCUGCAGGACGUCAACACGCGACAGAGUCACCUGGCCCAGGCGGGCGAGAAACCGGGUCCCAUAUGCGUACACUGCUCGGCGGGCAUCGGACGCACCGGCACCUUUAUAGUGAUCGACAUGAUCCUCGAUCAGAUUGUCCGCAAUGGAUUGGAUACCGAAAUCGACAUUCAGCGCACCAUCCAGAUGGUCCGAUCGCAGCGUUCCGGUCUCGUGCAAACUGAGGCGCAGUACAAGUUCGUGUACUAUGCGGUGCAGCACUACAUCCAGACCCUGAUCGCCCGCAAGCGUGCCGAGGAGCAGAGCCUGCAGGUUGGCCGGGAGUACACCAAUAUAAAGUACACGGGCGAAAUUGGCAACGAUUCACAAAGAUCUCCAUUACCACCAGCAAUUUCUAGCAUAAGUUUAGUACCAAGUAAGACGCCAUUAACGCCGCCGUCAACGGAUUCGGGCAUUGGGAUGGGCCUGGGCAUGGUCGUGGGCAUGGGGAUGGGCAUGGGAGUUGGCAACAAGCAUGCUUCGAAGCAGCAGCCGCCGUUGCCGGUGGUCAGUUGCAGCAGCAAUAACAACAACAGCAUCAGCAGCAAUAGCUGCAGUAACGGCAGCAGCAUCAGCAGCAACAGCUUCAGCAACAGCAGCAGCAGCAACAAUAGCAGCAACGGCAGCAGCAGCAGCAGCAGCAACGGCAACAGCAACAUCAAUGUCCUGCAAGGCGGUAUCGGCUUGGGGCUGCGCAAGUCGAACUUUUACAGCGACUCGCUGAAGCAGCAGCAGCAGCAGCAACAGCUGCAACAACAGCAUCGCGAGGAGCAGGCGACUGCUCCGGCGGGAGCAGGUAAGAUGCAGCAGCCGGCGCCGCCGUUGCGACCGCGUCCUGGCAUACUCAAGUUGCUCACCAGUCCCGUCAUCUUUCAGCAAAAUACAAAAACAUUCCCAAAGACAUGACCGGCCUGCGACCGCCGAGCCAUGCGCCUGCGUUGCCGCCGCCGCCGACACCGCCGCGCAAAACAUGACAAAUGAAUUUCUAAGUCGCGACGCCCCUUGACACGCUCCCCCCCUCCCCCCUCGCCCUCUCGCCCCCUCGACACCCCGAAACCGCCCCACACGCACACAGACCACAAGUGGAUUUCAUUUUUAAAGUCACCCUGCUGCCCCAAAAACCCUUUAACCUUGACUAUGUUUUACUGUUGUACCAAGUUCUACGUUUUAUCAUAUAUAUUUUUUUUUUGUAAUUUUGUAAUUGUAAUCUAUAUACUUUUUGUAAUUGUAAUUGUGUAAUGCUUAGUUGUAUGUUAUUGUCUCGCUUUAUGUUGUAAGUGUUCCCUGCACACGCAAAGCAGCAACCCACCACCCCAAAAAAACCCCACACCCCAGGCAUAUUUAUGUAGUAGUUUUUUAAGAGUCCCCCAACCGGAAGUUAAAGAUACAAUCUGGGCGGAGCUGCAGCAGAUCCGCCAAAAAAAGAAAAAACAUUUUUAAGCAGAAUCGCAAAAAUUAUUUGGUCCCGUUUCCGGUUCCAUAGCAUUUGAAUUUGGCAUAGUCGGACCACAAUUUACAUGGGUUUGCGCUGGUUUUAAACCACCUAAGAUUCCCACUUUCGAAUUUUAAGAACUUAAAUCUAUAGAUUUUCUUUUUUUUUAAAUAAUUUGGUUUCCAAUUUAAGAAUCACAAGUUUUGAGUUAGAAAACCGUUAAAAGCCAUUUGAAUUUCUUUUCUAGAAGAAAUCAUUGAUUUAAUGUUACAAUUUUAGAGCCAGAAAAGUUUGAUUUUCAAGAAAAAAACAAAAUAUUAAGUCCAAAUCCGUCAAAUUCAAUUUGAAACGGAAACGGAAACGGGUAACCGGUUGGAGUGCAAAUCAAGUUUUUAGUGUUGUAAGUGUUGACAAAAUCGAAAGAAGAGGAGUUAGAGGAGUAACUAAAGCAGUAAGCACGUAACGAUAAUGAUACAAAAAAGCGUUGAUUGUGAUUCGAGUGACAGCGAGAUAAGAACAGAAACAGAAACAGAAACAGUAACAGAAGUAACAGAAGCGGAUGAGAACAGUGACAAACGAGAUCAGAAUGAGAUCAGAACAGAACAUCAGAGACGCCAACCGAACAGAUGAGAACAGAUUAGAAGUAAAAUGAAAAAAGCUAAGAAGCGCUUGAGCGUGUCGUCCCUAGGAUAAGAAAACUAAGAUUACAGUUCGACAGAUCCGGAUCCAGAUAGAGAUCGAGAUCGAGAUCUACAUAUAUCUCUAGCAGCCAAUCUCUGAUUUCCCCUUCCCCCUCGUUUUUCCCCCUUUAAUUUAGUGAUUGUAAUGUGUAUGCUCUUAAUUGUAUAUUGAUGAUUAUUUAUAAAAAUUUGCCCAUUGUGUUACAUUUGAAAUGAUCGAAAAGAAUUGUAUUUAGAAUUUUAUAACUUUAGAAAUUAUACAUUAAUUGUGUGUCUGUGUCUCUCUAUUCCUUUCUCUCUACCCCAGUCUCAGUCUCCCCUUCUCUGUCUCUCUCUCUAACUCUCUCUGUGUAUGCACGAGUGUUUAUUUUGACUAAGUUUAUUAUUUCUAACGCUGAAGCGUAAUCAAACUAUAUAUGCAAUAUUUAAGCACAGUACCUUGGGCGCUGCAAAACAAAAAAAAAUAAAUAUAAAUCCAUCAGCUAAAUCAAAAAUAUUCAAUAUACAGGAAGGAGUAACUCAAUAUCAGCAGCUGCAAAUUUAAAACCAUUUAGAUUGUUGUGCAAAUCUAAGUAAUACCUAUAUUUAAAAUACACUAUUAUUUUAUCUUAUUUUACCUUAUGCUUUUGUAAGUGCUUUAAAUUGUUAUUCAUCUUGAUCUUGCAAAGAAAAAAAAAAACAAAACAAAACUGAAAAACGAAUACAAAACUAAAAAACAACACAAAUUAUAUUUGUAUUUAUACAUAAAAAAUAAAACAUUUUACAUGCGAUACACGAAAAGAAGCACAUUAUAUUUUAUUUUAUUUGCAUGUUUGUUGAACGCUUUAGCAUUUUUGGUUCUCAACUUGCGUUAUAUUACAACAGAUCCUCAACGAACUGAAAACAAUAACCCCAACAGUUAGGAACUUAGCCUUAUAUCGAAUUGCCUCUCGACCAAGACGGAAAAUUGAAUCACAGAAGGCAGAUGUGGGAGUCGUCGUGUCCCGAAAAAAACAAGUAAUCAUGUGUUCGCCCCCACCACCCACUCGAAUCUGAACCAACCCCUGACCUUCCACGAUCCACCCACCAUCUGAGCACUAGCGGGUGACCCCGACCAGACGACGAACGUGUAUGUAAGUGCGUGAUCUAGUACUUUAUAUAGUUAGCCUAUAAUACGAUAAUUCAAAUGGAAUACGUCGAAGCUUGGCUUUGACUGGGCGGCAACCUAGUGGCCCCCAAAAACGAAGGUGAAUCCGUAUGUGAGUCCCGCUGGGGAUACGACUUGUUUUGAUCUUGAAAUGGGGGGCGCAUUUCGAAACGCACCACUAUUCUCGUGUUGAAUUUUUCUAUAGCAUGUAGACAGAGGUGGAAAUCGGAAAUCGGAUAUGGAUAUGGACCGGGAGAACGCAGUCCAAUGGAGCAAGAGCAAGAGCAAGAGCAGGAGCAGCCAGCGGAGGGAGAGAAGAAUGCCAAAGCACAAAGCCAACACGCAACAAAAACACCAAUAGGCCUCAUCGAAGACAUCAGACCACAAUACAUUUUUAAACAACGAUGUUAAGAUCAAUAAGAAUGAACUGAAAUCAAAAUAUCGACGUGACUAUUCAAGAGGGAUUCAAGGAGAACCAAACACCAAGAAAAAAAAAA